UUAACGCAAAGACACGACUAAUAUUGAAGGGAAGCAGGGGCAUCAGGCCACUGGCUCUACACCCAUUGCCCUCGCUGUGAAACCAGAGCAGGUACUCUCUCAUCUUGGAUUGUGAAUGAUCUUCGGAUGCUCCCUGACGCUGGCGGAGGAGAUGAGGGUGUUCAUCUUGGGAGUGUGGACGAUGCCGAGGUCCGUCCGAUUGAUCAAGUCGACAGAGUGGUACAUGUGGAAGCCAUUUGCAAAAGAGUCUGUGUUGCCCGUCGUGUCCUUUCCGACCCAUUAGUGCCUGCCGUUCUUUUUGUAGAGACCGCCGCCGCGCGCCUGGAUGCGAGCGCCAUACUCAGAACCUUUGCAAUUGUCGCUGCGGAUACUUCACGGACGGUCAAGGGAGCCUUCUUGAUGAUCGUCACAUCUUAUACCAAACAACUGUUGAACAUUUUGGCCUUUAGGCAUGUGGACCUAUAUGCUUUGAGGUAUCGGACGUUGCUGAUCCCGUCUGCGGCCGCUAUUGCUGCGUCUCCUGUUCUGCAUUGUACCAUGGUCGCGCUAAAAGCUACCCUGGAAUCUGGUUCGCCUGGCUCGUAGGCGCUGGACGUCUUAGCUUCUCAAUUGGCAUCAACACGUCGCCGGGCAGGUGUUGAGCAGCGAGAUCAGCAGGUGCGAUUUCGAAUCGGAGAUUAUCCUGGAUCGAGUCACACAGGCCUACAGCAUCGCCAGCUAAUAGUUUCUUAUCGCUUCACUAUCGUCCCUUA